CGUUAGCUAGCUGAACGCGUUCUCAAGGCUUACAUUCGAUUGUUACUUGAAUGUGAAGCGUUUGGUGACAUGACUUCUAAAGCUGAGUUCCAUUUAAAGUCAGAAACCAAAAUGUCCAUCUGUCUGUGAAAGUGUCAGAAGUGAAUUCCUACAAAUUUGAUGCAAACAAUUACACCCCGUCAAAAGUUUUGAGACGGGUUCUAAUUUAUUUGAAUGAGAAAGUGUCUUAAAACGUUUGACGGGGGUAUACUUUGACUUGAUUAAAUUUUGGUGGUCAGUGCAGAGAUCACCACCGGCCGUUAGGGGCCUCUGGUUAUGCCAGGUCAGGUGGUAUUGAGAGAAUAAGAACCCGCUGUUGGCGGGAUUAUCGCUCAUUCAUUGUUGUUCAUGCUGGAGUGGAUGUACUGAGCUGUUCUGCCCGUUACAUGGUUUCUUCAUCGUUGUCAUUAAAACAUCUGUCUGACAUCGAGAAGCGUGUUUCUUCAUGAAGAAACCAUGGUGGUGGUACAGUGCUCCGUCCCCGGCUGCGCGUUUGUCUCCGCCGAUGUGUCCGAAGCUCUCGCCAUCGCCCUGCUGUCGAACCACGGGCUGGCUCAUCAGCCUCUGCCCGUCCCGGCCACGCCACCCCAGGCAUCGUCUCCCGCGGGUCCGAAGCUAGAGCGCCCCACGGUUGAUGUCGGCGUGUCCAUCGAGGAGUGGAACCUGUUCACGCGCCGCUGGGAAGUGUUCCGCGCGGGAUCGGGCAUCACGGACGCCCAGGCCCCUUUCCAGCUGUUCCAAUGCGCCGGGCCGGACCUUGGUGACAGCCUUCUUCAGACCAACCCGGAUGCUGCGACCGGACCUGCGGUGGCCCUCCUCUCCGCCAUGCGCUCGCUGGCGGUCAUCCCCGUGGCUGCGUGCGUUCUGCGCACCGAGCUGCUCCAGCUGCACCAGGAACGGGAGGAGACGUUUCGCGCCUUUGCAGCCAGGGUGCGCGGCAAAGCGGAGACGUGCGCCUUCCACACUGCGUGUGUGUGCGGUAGAGACGUGGAUUACAGUGACCACAUUGUUCGUGACGUUCUUAUUAAUGGCAUUUAUGACACUGAUAUCCGCCGAGAGACUCUUGGUUUUCCUGAUGUGCUGAAUAAGACGGUGAAUGAGGUGAUUGCCCUGGUAGAAAACAGAGAAAUUGCCCGGAACGCUGUACCGCCCUCCUCUCUGUCAGCAGUAUCAUCUUUCCGGCGCCAGACCGGCGCACAGGCGAGCACCGCCCCUCCCUCUGCUGACGUCAAUAGGUCUCAGCGGGCGGCUUGCCGUGACUGCAAGGGGAUUUUUAAUGUGUUUACUGAGGGGCCCCGUGGGUGGAAUUCGAAGCCCCACCAGGUGUGUUUGGACUGUUUCAGGGCGCACAGGAGGGGGAGACGGCAGCAGCCGGCUCCGGAUGGUCAACAGGCCGCUGUGAGUGCUGGGCCGAUCGCCCAGAUAUCCCUGGUCGACUCUGGCUCCGGUCGCCGUAGACGUAGGGGUCGUCACGGGGGCCAACACCAGCAUAGCACCCUGACACCCUCAGGUGCCAUGACUGGGCCCGCUAGGCUCCCACACCAUAUCUUUACUAAGGGGGAGUGGCGACGCGCUCGGAUGAAGGAGCACCCCCGGGUUUCGAUUCAGAUUUCUGUUGAUGGUUCGGUGAGACCUGGAGGUGGUGCUGGCGCCCCACGCCCCCCAGCGGUGACGACUGUGUCUGCCAUUGCAGAUACUGGUGCUCAGUCGGACAUUUGGUCUUUGGAGGAGUUCCACAGGUGUGGCUUUUCACAGGAUGACCUGCACCCAGUCGCCCUCAGCCUGUCAGCAGCUAACCGCUCUCCAAUAGCUGUCGAGGGAGCAUUCUUCGCCAGGCUCUCCACAGUGCCUGAUACUGGGGUGGCGACUUCCUGCCGCUCCAUGGUUUAUGUGAGCAGCUCGGUGAACGCCAUGUACCUCUCUUAUGAGACUUUGCUUUCCCUCGGCCUCUUACCAGCUGGUUUCCCCUCGGCAAUUGUUGGGGGGGGGCUCGUGAGUGGAAGCACGUCAGGCGCCCAGCGCACUCCUGCUGUGUCCCCUUCUCUUGGCUCAUUGGGAACCGCUGAUGGUUGCAGGGGCUCACCUAAUACCUUUGUGGCCAGGUGCCCGUGCCCCCUGCGCACGACCCCCCCGGCCCACCCUGCUGAGCUGCCUUUCCCUUGCGUGCCAGACAACAAUCAUCGGAUGAAGGCUUGGCUGCUUGACAGGUAUGCCUCAUCCACGUUUAACACCUGCCCCCACCGGGCGUUACCAUGCAUGGACGGGCCUCCUAUAGAGAUCCAUGUGGACCCUGCUGCAGUGCCACGGACCUGCCAUACAGCGGCCACCUUGCCCCUGCACUGGCAGCAGAGGGUCUAUGAUGACCUAAUUAGAGACGAGGCCCUUGGUGUGAUAGAGCGUGUUCCUUACGGUGAACCUGUGACGUGGUGUCACCGUAUGGUGGUCACUCGUAAACAUGACGGUUCACCCCGGAGGACUGUGGAUCUCUCCCCCCUCAACAAAUUCUGCCAGCGUGAGACGUUCGCCUCUGAAUCGCCAUUCCACCUGGCACGCCGUGUUCCGAAGGGGACCUGGAAGACCGUUACUGAUGCUUGGAAUGGGUACCAUAGUGUGCCCUUGCGUGAGGCAGAUAGACACCUCACCACGUUUAUUACACCUUUUGGCCGUUGGCGUUACACCCGGGCGCCACAGGGUUUUCUGUCCUCCGGGGACGGCUACAACCGCCGCUUUGACGCUAUCAUCUCAGAUUUUGAGCGUAAGGAGCGAUGCGUUGAUGACACUGUCCACUAUGACACUGACCUAGAGCAGCACUGGUGGAGGACUAUUGACUUCCUCACCCGGGUCGGCCGAGCUGGUAUUGUGCUGAACCCGGACAAAUUUCAGUUUGCGGAAAGGGCGGUUGACUUUGCAGGCUUUAGGGUCUCGGACACCACCAUUGAACCUCUGCCUAAGUACCUGGAUGCAAUUCGGGAUUUCCCCUCCCCUGUGUCCACGACAGACAUCAGAAGCUGGUUCGGCCUUGUCAACCAGGUCGUCAACUACGCGCAGCUGCGGGACAUAAUGGCGCCAUUUAAGCCCUUUCUUAGCCCGCGCUGCCAGUUCUCCUGGUCCCCUGAUCUGGAGUCUGCGUUUCAGGCGUCCAAGCGUGCCAUAGUCGAAGCCAUCCAUGAGGGCGUGGAGAUAUUUGACAUGCAGCGGCGAACCUGCCUCCGUCCGGAUUGGUCCAGGCGUGGGAUUGGGCAUUUUUUGCUCCAGCAGCACUGUAACUGCGGCACUGGGCUCCCAGAUUGCUGCCCGGGUGGAUGGAAGAUCACUCUCGCUGGCUCCCGCUUCCUGUCCCCGGCUGAGCAGCGCUACGCUGCUAUUGAGGGGGAGGCCCUGGCUGUGGCCUGGGGUCUGGAGCAGACUAAAAACUUCACGCAGGGAUGCGAUGACCUUGUCGUUGUUACCGACCACAGGCCCCUGGUGAAGAUAUUUGGCGACCGCACGCUGGACGAGAUCUCCAACUCUCGUCUCUUUAGACUCAAACAGCGCACCCUCCCAUGGCGGUUUGACAUCGCGCACCUUCCUGGCAAGAGCAAUUGUGCUGCUGACGCUGCCUCGAGAUACCCCUCCCCCUCUGGCUCGGCUGAUGGGCCUUCUGUGGGCUCACCGAGCGAAUCUGACGUUGAGGAGUCUGCGCUGAUGGCCUCCAUACGUGAGGAUGCGCGAGAAAUGGCUUCUAUACCUUGGUCCCUCCUUGCGGUGGAGACUGCUGCAGAUCCGUGUCUCUCCUACCUGUUGCACCUCCUUGAACACGGAGGUGUCAUGGAUGACCGUGACCCGGCCCUUGGGGAUCUCUCCCCUGUGUGCAGGUCUGUCUACACGCAUGACGGUGUCCUGCUGUACCAUGACCGCGUUGUGGUUCCAGCCUCCCUCCGCCCUCGGGUUCUUCAGCAUCUUCAUGCUGCCCACCAGGGUGCCUCAGCCAUGGGCCGGCGCGCCCGUGCAAUUGUCUACUGGCCCGGGCUGUCGAAGGACAUUCUGUCUACGAGGGAGAGGUGCACGGACUGUAACCGUCGCGCCCCCUCGCAGGCAGCCACACCCCCCCUCCCGUCCUCCCCACCGUCCACCCCUUUUGAGGCAGUGUUUGCGGACUUUUUUGACUAUGGGGGCCGCCGCUACCUGGUUGUGGGUGACCGCUUAUCGGGCUGGGUGGAGGUGCUGAGCUCUGCCACAGGCACCGACCCUGGGGGCUCGGCUGGCCUGGUCCGUCACCUUCGCACUUUCUUUGCCACCUUUGGCGUUCCUGAAGAACUCUCGAGCGAUGGGGGCCCGGAGUUCACUUCCGGUCUCACGGAGCGCUUCUUCCACUUGUGGCACGUCCAACACCGCGUGUCGUCUGCCUACUUUCCCCAAUCGAAUGGGAGGGCUGAGGUUGCGGUGAAGGCAGCUAAGCGUCUCCUUAUGUCCAGCACUGGCCCCACUGGCAACCUUGACCACGAUCGCUUUCUGCGCGCUAUGUUGCAGCUGCGUAACACGCCGGACCCUGACUGUGACCUCUCUCCUGCGCAGAUCAUUUUUGGCCGCCCGCUCCGGGAUUCAAUGCCUUUUGUGAACCGACUGGAGAAGUUCACCAACCCGCACGUGCGGCCUCUCUGGCGUGAAGCUUGGGCAGCUAAGGAAGAGGCCCUCCGGACUCGUAUCUCUCGCACCAUGGAGGCUCUGGGGGCGCACUCCAGGCCGCUCCGGCCCCUGGCACUGGGGAGUCUGUGUUCCUUCAGAACCAGCACGGCCCAGACCCCCUUCGGUGGGAUAGCCACCACCUGCCCCCGCCGGCUGCUCCCUGCUCCUUCGUCGUGGCCGUCGGCACCGGUCCGGGAGUCUCGCCCUGACCCCCCGGAGGUGGUUCCCCCACCUGCAGUGUCCCACCCCCCUGGUCACGACUCGGAGGCCCCCCUGUCGGCCCCUGAUGUUGUGGCCCUCCCGAUGGACGGUCCUCAUGGCGACCCUGCCUCUCUGGUUGUGGCCCCUGCCGCGUCUCCCCGGCCGUCGCCGUUGCCUGUGUUGCCCUGUGCUCGUACGAAGAGGCCCCCCAAGCGUUAUGAACCUGAGACGGGCCGUUGGGUGUUGAGCUAA